AUGUCGAUUCCUGUUAUCGAUGCCUCUGCACUCUCUUCGAUCUCGUCUAGCUCUCCAGAGGCGAUAGCGACGUCCAAUGAGAUAUUCGCUGCAGCAUCAGAAUGGGGAUUCUUCCAACUCAUCAAUACCCCUGUUACCGAUGAGUUGCAGGCCAAACUCCUCAAAUGCGCAGAGAUAUUCUUUGCACUUGAUUUAGAAGACAAGCUCGUAUUGGACGUCCGUAAUGGGGGCACCGCCUGGCGUGGUUACAUGCCGCUUGGAGGCGAGGGGACUCAUGGUCGAACUGACCACAAAGAAGGGAUAUACUUCGGUCCCGAACACCCUGAUGAUCAUCCACUGCUGGGGAUGCCCUUGCACGGAAAGAAUCAGUUCCCCAGUCAGGACCAGGUGCCCGAAAUGCGUGAAACUGUGCUUGAAUAUAUUGCCCAAGUCACGCUGCUCGGCACCCUCGUCGUCAACGCUUUGUCAGUUGCGUUGGGACUGGGUCCAGAGACUCUUGAGAACAAGUGGCUCAAACCCGAGCCUGUGGCGCUGUUUAGAUGCUUUAAAUAUGCGGCGGUUGAGAAUGCGGGACCGCAAGUGUUUGGAAUUGGUGAACAUAGUGACUUCGGACUACUCACUAUCCUGAAGCAGGCAUCUGCGGGUUUACAGGUCAAAUCUCCGGCAGGAAUUUGGUGCGACGUACCCGUUAUUCCAAACGCGUUUGUUGUGAAUGUAGGGGACAUGCUCGACCAGCUCACUGGCGGGCGACUGCCAUCUCGAUAUCAUCGUGUUCUUCCACCAUCGCCCGACGCAGGCCCACGCUUCUCCUUCCCAUUCUUCUUCGAUUUCUCUUGGUCGGCGUCUAUGGUGCCCCUCGACCUCCCAGCCAUUUCAGCAGAGGAGCGGGCCGCGGCAGAGGCACGUUGGCGCUCAGGAACUUUCACGCGUGUCGAAGGCCAGUGGUGGCAGUACCUCGCUAAGAAAGUCAAGAAAGUAUUUCCAGACCUAGCGUUGCCUGAGUUUGAGGCCAAUUCUGCUCCGUCGACGCGUUUUACGCGUCCUAUCCCCACGGCAAAAGUUGUCGCAUGA